AUGUGUCUACGGCUCCGUCUCUCCCAGCUGCCCCGGCCGGAACCUCUCCUGCUGUCAUUCGGAGUCCUGUUUCGUCUUUUGAAAGAACAAAAGACUCUCAGUUUACGUGGAAAGCAUGCCGAUGUUCGUUGUUUCCACCAACGUGGCCAAAGGCAACGUGCCGGCGGCUCUGCUGUCAGAAGCUACCGAGGAGCUGGCUAAAGCUAUGGGCAAGCCUGCACAGUACAUUGCUGUGCAAAUCAACCCAGAGCAAGUGAUGAUGUUUGGAGGGAAGGAAGACCCAUGUGCACUCUGCUCCCUUCACAGUAUUGGAAAGAUCAGCCCUGCUCAAAACAAGCAGUACUCUAAACUACUGUGUGCACUGCUCAACAAACACCUGGGCGUAUCUCCUAACAGGAUUUACAUAAAUUUUGUGGACAUGGAUGCUUGCAAUGUGGCCUGGAACAACUCCACUUUUGGCUGAGCUGGAGAAAAAAGAAAACAUCAUUCCAUCUGUUGUGAAAUGUUAUAGUUAUAAAUGAGCAAAAGCAAAACACACCUGAUUAUAGCUUGUCAAUUUACCUAUAUUGCACUUACUAGUUCAAUCAAUCUAGCUUUCAGUGGUCUUUCCCCUCCACAAUAAAGCACAUCUGGUAACACACGAA